AUGAUGGAGAGGAAAUUGAGGAAUCAGGAGGAAUCAGAGCCUGAGGCACGACAUCCCAAGCCAACGGCAUUGUUUCAGCUAUUUGCCGGUCAGAUUUGUCAAUAUCAUUUGGUCCUCCUGAUCCAAGAUACAUAUCAUCUUUGGAUUCGCAAUUGUCGUGGUUCAAACGCUGUAAUGCGAUACUCAUUAUUCCCAAAACGCUUACUUGCUGCUUUGAUUUUGCUCUCAACCCUCCUCACUGUUGCCGCAUCUCCUAUAAGAACCGAUACUCUGGCGCAAACGGCGAAUAUUCAAAAAUCUCAGCCAUCGGAUUCUCAACUUGUAAAGAUUAUGCUCAUACGUCGCGAUAAAGAAUCAAGAAGGAACCUGGUUCAAACUUCUCCGGUCACUGAACAUGAAUACUGGACUUUGAUUCUGGAUCUGAAGUUGAAUUCCAUAGAGACGUAUUUUGGCUAUCGUACUCGGUUUGAGACCAAUCAAGAGGGAACCAGGGGUUCUUGGGUCAACGAAGCUAAAAUGCAUACCAACACAGGCAAUAUCUUUGUCGUUGUCCGAGAACCUAAGGGAAUAAUUUUAGGGAGUUUUAGUGCAUCACAAGUGGCUAGAAGGAAGAUUUACCUCCGGCUAACCAAAGCUCCAGUAAAACCAAACCUAUGGUAUAUUGACCAGAUAUUGGCAAUGCUGGAAACAUACUUGCCCAAUGAACUGGGAAUAUCCGUGGAUCUGGAUCUCACUCCGCAUGGGAUAUGGGUGCCUCUUGUGAUGAAGAUGGUGAACGCAGGUUGUACUGGAGCACGUAAACUUGUUGUGGGCAAUCAUGAGGCAAAUUUGUCGGGUGGCCCACUGAAACAGUCCUCAAAGCCACAGUUCGGUGUUGGCCCAAGUGUUUAG